CAGCCCUUUGCUUCCCUCCCAGGGCCAGUCAUGGUUUCCCUGAGGCCCUGCUCCGAGCUGCUGAGCCCCCAGCCACUGCUCCCAGAGAGACCCCCCUCCGUCCCCACGGCCCCCUCCAACCAAACAGGGAAGGUGGUUGUAGAAGAUGGCCGGAGAUCCUUCUCCCUGCUGGAGGAGCAGGUGCCCAGGCAGGCAGCAGCUGAACACAGGCCAGAAGAGAAGACAGCUCGGCUCACAAACGGCUUUGACAUGGAGUGUCCCCCACCAAAGACAGAGAACGAGCUGCUGCAGAUGUUCUAUCGACAACAGGAGGAGAUCCGAAGACUCCGGGAGCUGUUGACCCAGCGCGAGGUGCAGGCCAAACAGUUGGAACUGGAGGUCAAAAACUCGCAGAUGGGCUCAGAGAGGUUCUGAGCAGAGACCUCUGCCUUCCCCGCCCUCAGGGACACCACUCGGCUCCAUGGGAGGUCCAGAACCAAACCACAAGUCCCCCAAGAACAACCACUAUUUCUAUAUUUUUUACCAGAAAACGAAAACUCUUGGUUGCUGAAAGAUUCUAGUGGGAGGGAUGUGGUGCCGUUUUUCUAUUUGCCUUCUCAAAACAAGUGUCUGAAUUGACUCUUUUUAGACAAUAACUUGCCUUCUGUUAGAGCUGGAAGGACCUAAGAGGGGAAGCUGCCUGUGAUUUUCAGACUGUGGUCCACAGAAUGGGAGGAAGCCUAAGCAGAAGGGCCAUGCCCCCCCUCCACCCUGCUCCAACCAGACAGUUCCCUUUCUUACUGAUUUAAAUAUUGGCUUCUGUGGAAUACAUAAUUCUUCUGAAAAAACCUUUAGAAGUUUGAAAAACAGUGAUCUGGCCCAACUUCCUCAUUUUACAGGUGGGGAAACUGAGGCUCAGAGAGAGACAAGUGAUCAAGAUCCGCAGAGGGUUCAUGACAGGGCUGGGUCAAGCCUCUGGUCUGCUGGGUCUGUCUUUCUGCUGUUUCUGGUCUGAUGCAGUCUCAGCCCACAGGGCAGGAAUCCGUUUAUUCUGGCCUCGGCUGUGCCCCUGAUUUGUGCAGUGACCUCUUACAAGUCCUUCCCUCUCUGGUCUCAAUUUCUCCAUCUGAACCUGGGGUCGCUGGGGUGUGCUGCCCUCUACAGGAUCUGCCACCUGCGAUGAGAAACCUUGGCCGUGACCUGAGGAAAACUACCUAUAGGGUGAUGAUCAGGGUCUGCUGUAGGAACUCACAAGACAUUGGUGAACGGGCAGAGGAGCUUUAACUGCGGGGAAAUAAGUCAAGCUUUGGCCCAGUGCUAGAACACAGAUAGGAGGCUCCCACACCAUCCUCUCUUCAACCAGAAUCAGCCAAGUAUGGGCAGACACUAUCCCUUAUGUGGGGGAGCAGACAUCAGAGUGGUUCCCAUGACCACGGACUGCCACCCCCAAAGCCCUCAGGCCACAGAGCCUGCCCGCUUCCGGAGGAUGUAGGCAGAUUUUGGUCCAGGAGGGAGGGAGCCCCAGCACUGAAGGAUGCCAGCAGAGCCCCAUGGCCACCCACUUCUGGAGAGGGAGGACUGCACUAGGCAAGGAGUAGGGCCGGGUGACCCUGAAGUUCCCUUCUAGCCUGAGAGUUUUUAUAUGUCCCUCCUUUGGGAGUCUGUGUUCUGAGCCUAUUCGCUAAGGUUCUUUCUCAGUGGUCAGUACAGCAGCCUAGCUAGAGAUGGAGAAUGUUGGAAAUUAAAUGUACCCCCUCCUUACUGAGGAGGUGCAGGCGAUGGGGUUUUGCCCACUGCACAGGGCAGUCCUGGAGCUAAGAUUGGGACGGGAGGAGGCCACCUAACCUGGUAGGUUUCAAUCCAGGCUGUACAUGAGAGUCCUCUUAGGAGGGUUCGAGAAAUACAGAUGCCCAGUCCCAACCCCAGACCAGUUGAAGCUGCAUCUCCAGAGUAGGGCCUGGCUUUGUGUAUGUUGUUAUAAGUUCCCAGGUAUUCUGCAGUACAGUGAGGAUGGAGAGCCACUGGGCUAGCCCAUCUGUACCUAAUUGCAGUAGAGACAAGGACAGUGAGCAUCAGACAGGCUCCGGGACUCCAACCCCAUCCUCUGAGUCCAGGUUGGAAGCGUCAUCCCAUGUCUCUCUGGGACCCCUGGCUACAACUCGAUGAGGGCUCUGGACCCCUGAGCGCCCCCUCCCCUAGCCAUGGUUCUGACCCCUUGUCUGCCUACACACGCCAGACACCCUCAUCCCCUAUCUUGUUGACUUGGUCACUGGGGCUCACCAAAGGCCAAAUCCCAGGGGUUGUGAGGGAACAGAACUCCCCUGGAUAGGGUUCCCUGGCACACCCAGCUCUAAUUCUAACAUGGGCCAGGCAGGCAUCGUCCCCCUGGUCAGAAUAAUGACACUAUCCCCAUGUCAUUCUCAGAGAAUGAAGAAGUAUCCCUCCCACCCGCACUGGCUGCAAACAGGAGGUGGGGGUGAGUCUGGGGAGCAUCCCGAAUGCCUCCUCCACACAGAACCUUCUCAAGCUCUCCCUACCCCUUAAGGGACCCAGACCUCAUGCUUAAAAACAAUGUGAAGGCAUCCGUGAACAAACUUGUUUUUUGGGUUUGCUUUUUUUUAAACUAGAAUAAAUUAUUUAAAUUAUUUCACAGCAAGGGAGAGGGAUAGGUAAUUUUUAUCGAAUAUUUUUUUAAGCCAUUUUUUAAAAUUGCCUUUUUGUUUAUGUUCUUGACUGAUGAAGUAGAAGUUGCCCAGCAUCUGUAGGGCCCGGCCCGCACACUCAGGGCAAAUAGAAUGUGCACUCAUCUCUUUACUCCAUACUCUGGGAGCCCCCUGACUGUUGACUCAGGAGCUUUCUGAGAAUGAAGACAGCACUGGGAGAUGAGCAAUGGGGCUUAUCCUUAGCUCUACAAUAAAUGUUCUUCCUGAAACUAAAUUUAAGAUUAUAUCAUAGAGGGAAGAAGGAAAUCAAAAAUAGAUCUAUGCUUUUAAUAUGAAACCGUGCCUGAAAUAGUUUGAUUGUAUUAAUGUUUCUGAAGUUCCUUUUACCUUUGUAAAAAAAAAAUUAAGAAAUAAAAGUGAAAAUAAAUAGAUGUGAAAUCGUACA